AUGAGGCAGUUCCGGGUGCUCCAAGAUGCGCUGCGGAAUGUUUUGUCUGGCGAGGCAAGGGUCAUGGUGGACAUGCCCACCGAAUUGUCUAUCGGGCUCUCGAAAGCUGCCGAGUCGACCUGCGCACUUGCCAGCGCUGACCGUAUCUUCUUUUGGUAUGACUACUUCUCCUGUCCACAGCUGGAAGGCCAGGAAAAUCCAGGUGUUCCCAUGGAGAAGUCUGCGCUCCGUGAUGCCGUGAAUAGCAUUCCGGCCUACAUCAAGCAGAGCGAUAUCUUUUUGGCCCUCUGUCCAGUGUUGACAAGCAGGGAGAAGCAAAGCCUCUUGAGCCACUCCACAUGGUCAAAUCGUGGCUGGUGUCGUGUGGAGCUGGCGGUGCGUGAGUUGUCCUCGAAAGUGCCAGACUGCAUCUUAGUCAAGAGCCCAGUGCAUCUGGAGAUGAAAGUGGAAACUUCGGUCAAAUCUGCUGGCGAGGGAGUCUUUACAGUGGAGUCGGAUCGCCUUGCCAUCGCGCCAGUGCUUAACAACUUCUUCAAGAGCAAGCUCGCAUCCUUGUUGAAGGACGGAGAUUUCCCAAAAUACCGGCUCCUAUUGAAUCAGCAGCGGGCGCGUCUCCGCGGGCUGCACGUGCAGAGUGUGGAGGAUUUAGUGCCCAGCUUCGAUGGCACAGGAUCGCCAGGUUGCAACUACACGAAUCGGUUUCUGCACCAAAACGGAUUCCAGCAUCUCAAUGAGUGUGAUGCGGCGGGGUGGACACCAAUCUGUUAUGCCGCUGUGAAAGGAGAUCCCACGAUUGUUCAAGCACUGCUGGAUGCCCGCGCCAAUCCAAAUGACACGACGAGAAAGCCGCGAAUGGAUGCCGACAUUGGCAAGCGCACCCCUGUGCUGUGCAUUAGCAUCAAGUUCCAGAACCUGAAAGUGGCCGAGCUCCUGAUACAGCGCCGUGCUGCCAUCAAUGUGGAGAACAUCUUCUUGCCACCUCUGCACUUUGCAGCCUUCACGAACAAUCCGGAGGCCGUAAAGACCCUCUGCCGUCACAGAGCUGACCUCGGCAUCAAGAGACUGGGUCGGAGUUUAUGCUAA